AUGUGCAGCCUGGACCAAGCUUGUGUGCUAGACGAGUCAGCAGUCACCCAAAGCUCCUCCGGCAGGGGGGCAGAUGUUCUCUUCGACAAGCAGUGGAGAGAGAGACACAGGAAGGGCGAGAACGACUAUUCCAAGAACAUGAUCGCUGAGCCGUUUGCCCAGCAGGCCUUUCGCUUCGUGUUGCGCUCGGUGGUGGGCUCGCUGUGUGGCCUUGGGAUCCACGCGCUCGUCCAGCGCUUGCGCGGCAAGGACGACAAGACUGACUGA